AUGCCAUCUCCGAUCGUAGCAAAUCACGAUCAUUUCGGUCGCUGGGUUCGGUUGGUUAGAGCAACCGCCCGUGCACAUCAUUGUGCUAAAAUAUUUCGGUCGCCUUUGAAAAAAACUCCAAAUUCAAAAUUAAAGGGUGCUGCCUCCAAGGUCUCCUCCAAAGUUUUGAAACCUCUUUCGGCCGCAGAAAUCUUGGAGGCCGAGAGGCACCUAUUUUUAUACACUCAAUUGGAAUCGUUUAAACACGAAUUCUUGAGUCUUACCGCGGGUCUUCCCCCAACUAAUCAAGGGAGGCUUAGAGGUCUUGUGUUGAUGUUGGGAGAAGACGGUUUAAUCCGUUUAAAUGGAAGAAUUCGUGCUGUAUUAGGUGCUCCCGCACAGGACAUUAACUCUAUUGUUUUAGACGGUCGACAUCCAAUUGUAAAACUCCUUCUCGAUCACUAUCAUCGGAAAUUUGGUCAUGGUAAUAUCGAGACCGUCGUUAACUUCCUGCGCGGCAAAUUUUAUAUAAUAGCUUUACGCCCAAGUGUCAGGUCUGUUGCCAAACAAUGCAGUUUCUGUAGGAUUAGGAAGCUUCUCCCAUCUACGCCUCCAUUUGGUGAUCUUUCUAAAGAUAGGUUAUACCAUCAUCAGCGCGCAUUUUCUUUCUGCGGUCUUGAUUACUUCGGCCCAGUCGAAGUUGCCGUUGUGCGCAGACGAGAAAAACGCUGGGUAGCUCUAUUCACAUGCCUUACCAUCAGAGCCAUUCAUUUGGAGAUCGUAAGAAGCUUUUCCGCAGAUGCAGCUAUCAUGGCCCUAAGAAGAUUUAUUGCCCGUAGAGGAUGUCCAGCGAGAAUCAUCUCAGAUAACGGCACGGCUUUUGUCGGCGCAGUCAACCAACUCACAGACGUUUUCGACUUCGCGGCCAACUAUAAAAUAGAGUGGGUCUUCAUUUGUCCAGCGGCACCAUCAAUGGGAGAACAAGCUCCAAGAGAGGAAGUAUUCAGUACCCUACUUCUGGAAGCGGAAGCAGUAGUCAAUUCUCGCCCGCUGACACACGUACCAGUAGAGCCGGAGACACUACAGGCCCUCACACCCUUCCAUUUUUUAUUGGGCACACCAUCAACCGAGUUGGUCCGUCCCCGCACCGAUGCAGACCUUUGCUGUCGCUUAGACCACAGGAAGGUACUGCGGUUAGCGAAGCUGUUUUGGGCCAGGUGGCUUCAUGAAUACCUACCCACGUUGAUUCCACGAAAGGCUGGAUCGACGCAAGCCGAAUUCAAAGUGGGAGAUCCAGUUCUGGUGGCGGAUCCAAAUCUUCCGCGAGGAACCUGGCCCAAAGGCCGUAUUUCUAAGAUAUUCACCGGUCCUGAUGGAGUGGUCAGGGUGGUGGAGAUCCGGGGAAGCAUGGGGAUCUUGAAAAGACCAGUGCGCAAAAUGGACCCAAGAAAACUGCGCACAGUCGCCACUGUAGAUUGGUGCUCUGCACCGGGGCGUGCCAUGCUGGCGACAGACCUCUUUUUAUAG